AGAUCGCGAAGAGAUCCUUUGCGAGGAGACGAUGAGUCGAGUCCAUCUCCUUUGUUGGUUUCGCUGACAUGGAAGAGGUGUUGAUGGAUUGAUUGAUUCCAACAAACCUUAUUCUAUUGCAAGCCAGUCAAGAAUACUGUAGUCACUAUGAAGCUCUUGAACAACAUCUUUGUCUCUCUCUGCCUUACAGUCCUGACUGUUGCAGCUUUCAACAUUCACGAUCAUUCCAGUGGAAGGACGAGACAAUGCCCACUACAAGCCACACUCUCAGAUACCAAUAAUAAUAAUGGUGGUGCCAUAUCCCGUGCUCAAUGGCUACAAUUGACGCUGGCAACGACUUUGUUAUCAUCGACUCCUGCGUUCGCCAAGGAUGUCGAUCCCGCGUUGAAAGGCACCAAGAAAGAUCCUGAAUUUGAAUCAUGCCUGUCCCAAUGCAUGUACGAUUGCACCAAACCCAAGGGAGUCGAACAAAAGUCGCGCUCAGAGUGUUUGCCAGAAUGCAAGUCCAAAUGCGCGACAACCAAGGCUCAAUUAUUGAAGGGGCUGCCACUGGAAAAGGCCGAAUAGACGAACUCAAUUGAAAUCUCUUGAAGGAAUUGCAAGAAUAGACGCGAUGAAAACGAAACCGAAAUGCUACCGUACCGUACAUGUACUCAAUCCAUAGGAAAGAAUUUAUUGAGUUGGAGCUCAGCAAAACCUUCACAAUGGAGGGUUGUUUGGUCUGCGAAAUCCCGGCAGAUGGUGCUGACGUGAAAAUGCUAGCUAGCUAUGGUGAUAAGAAACUUUUAAAGGCAUUGAGGACUCUUCCAAAUUAGUACGCAUUGGGUUGUUAGUUUGGUUCAAGUCUGAGAUGUAGCUUCAGCUGGGU